AGGAUAUUAUUUAACAAAUAUUUUAACGGGUGAAUGCAUUUGUUUUAUAUUUGGAAUGGGCCAUUCCGAGAUGUCUGUAAACAUGUUCAUGCAGCACGUCGAAAUGCUAAUCUACAUUCAGAUAAGGAAUUAUUUUCUAGACAAGUAAAAGAAGAUCUUGUUACUUAUUUUAAAAACAAAGAAAGAGUAAUUCCUGCUGAAAAUAAAAAUAGAUUAAUAUAUGAAGGAGAUAUUGAUGGAGGAUCAGUAUUUUCACCAAAAGACAAUAUUUCUGAACGUAAUUCAGAUCAUUUUAGACCACCAGAAUUGUGAAAUAUAAAACUAAUAAAGGAGCACCGCCAAAAGCUGUAGCGAAAACCACGUAAACCAUCACGGAUUUUUCGAACCCUUCAAUCAAAUUCUC